AUGGAGAAAUAUCAGAGUCUCAAAUCAAUGAUACUAUUAGCACUCUUGGGCAUCAACCUUGAACUGUCCAGUCAAAGGCUCUAGAUUCUGAGUCCAACUUAACUUCAAGGCAAAUUUACUGGUAAAAUAUUGCAGUUUAACAUUCGUUCUGAUUAGAUGGAUCAAUCAAAGCAAGCUAUGCUAACUUCGGCUAUAUCCCAUACGGCCACUCUAUUGUAAGAAUAUGCUUAUAUUAACUAGCUUAACAACUUAAAAUAGAUUGGCAGGUUAUACUAUGAUGCGGAUAAUCAUUACGGAUGCAAGGAGUUUUCACAUUAGGAUUUCUAGGUUGACUAUGAUGGAGAUAUAACUCCGUUCUAUAUUGUCGAAAGAGGUGGUGGAUGCUCAUUCGUCACUAAAGUUAGAAAUUUGGAAAAUAUAGAGGUGUCUGUAGUUAUCAUAGUCAAUGACUCUGACAAGGAGGUAGAAGAUAUUGUACUAAGUGAUGAUGGCACUGGUGGCGGUAUUAGAAUUCCCUCCAUGAUCAUUACUAAAACUGAUGGUAAAAAAUUAAUAGAUUUUGUGAAAAGAGCUUCGCAAACGGAACUUGACCAAUUAGCUCUUAUGGCCGAAUUUAUGAUGGAAAAGCCAGACAAUAGAGUUGAGUAUGAUCUAUGGUUUACAUCAUCAAACGACAGAGCAUUAGAUUUCAUUACAGACUUCUAGUAAUACGAUCAAAAAUUCGGAGAUAAGGUACUCUUUACCCCUCACUAUGUCUUUUGGAAAUGCCCAUACUGUGAGAAAAAGUAUCUCGAUAAUGAUUGCUAUGCUAAUGGUAAAUAUUGUGCAGUCGACCCACAAGUAAAUAUGACUGGCAGAGAGAUUAUCUAAGAAGAUUUGAGAUAAAAAUGCAUAUAUGACAAAGUUUAUGGAUCAAAUAAGAACAGAUUUAUGUGGUGGACCUAUAUUAAGUAUGUUCAUUAUAACUGCUAUUCAACCAUCAAUGCCGAUUGCUCAAAGAACGCUCACUAGAAAUUAGGGCUCGAUUUCUAGGAAACUUAAAAAUGUGUUGCAGACUCCUUUUCAGACAGUAAUUGGGAUUUAUCAACAACUACUAAUAAGGUAAUUGAUUCUGAAAUAGACUACUGGAAGCAAUACGGGAGCGGAAUCUUCCCAUCAAUAGUCAUUAAUAACAGGACAUAUAGAGGAUAAAUUGAAUCACUUGCAGUGUUCAAUGCUAUUUGUGCUGGAUUUGAAAUAGCUCCAAACUAUUGCCAAAGUACUCUAGGUUCAUAUACUCCUGAUUUCUUAGACAAAGGUGAUGGUAUUAAGGGUAGUGUAAUUGUUCUCAUAGUUCUCGCUCUAAUUUUCAUCAAUUUCGUCAUUGUGUAUUGCUAUAGAAGACAUGCCAAGAGAGAAUUACAGUAAAACAUGCAGGUUCAUAUUGAAAGCGCCGUCAGCUAAUAUUUCGCUUUGUCCUAGCCAAAAGAGUCCAAAAGCAAGUCCUAUCAGAAAUGA